AUGGGAAAAACAAGUACUUGAGGCUUUUUAUAGUCAAUGGAAAAUGGAAAAUGGAAAACUUGACGCCGAGAGUGGUGACAAAUCAUAUACACGAACACAGCAAUAAUCCCAUGGUAGAUGGAUGAGCUGUAAAGUAAGGAACUUGGGCACGUACGUUAUGGACAAAAAAGGCUAGCAAUAAUGCAUGGCACCACUCCGUUUCCAGUAGCUUCUGCUUUUGCAUUUAAUGUAUUCAACUGCUUCCUGAAACCAACAGGUGAUUUAAAACUCGCAAUAAGUGCAUGGAAAAAUAACUUCCUUAUAACGGCUGUCUUUUGAUAUCCUUCCCCAUAUCUGCCACUGAGAUGGCCAAGGGCCCCAAGUUUCCUUACCACAAACUGAAGCAUGAAGGUUUCUGUGAUGAAUAUGAAGAGAGGCAGAGAUUCAAUAUUGUCAAAUCAAGAAGGUGGUACGGGUUCAGGAGGGUGCAUAUAAGAAAGAGGUUUAGGCUCAAGGUUCCAAGCUUGGGGAGAUUCUUGAGGAGGAGAGUUAAGCUGGUCUCUGCCGUUAGGCUUUCGUGUGCCAAGGUGCUGAAGAGAUUGAAGGAAGGUCAGGCUCAUUUUGGUGAUCUUUUUGCAGGGAACUAUCUGUUCAUGCAGGUCAAUCCCACUCCAUUGAAGUACUUCGAGAGAUCUUAUUAUAAUAAUAAUGUCCUUGACCUUAACAGCUUUCCUCCGGGCUACUGCUCUCUUCCAAGAAUUGCUCAUUGAGUCCGGUUCUUAGCUUCUAUGAUCCAUUGUAAGGUUGCUUUUAGGUCCUCUGCUUGAUGUAAUUUUAAUCAGUAAAAAACAUGUAAUCUGAGUUUAUUUUCUCAUUUGAUGGAUCCCUUUUACUUGCAA